AUGUGGUUCCUGAAGAUGCAGAACUACCGGAUAGCAGCGGACCUGAUUGCCUACAAUGCUUUCAUUGCUGCUUACGCUGCGCAGGGGAACUUGGACAAAGCAGAAAGAUUGCUUCUCAUGGCGUGUGCAAAGCGUUUACAACCUGAUUUGGUGACCUACAACAGUUUGUUACAUGCCUGCGCCCGGGCAUCGGGACACCAGGAUCUGGCGAAAGCAAAGGAGGUGUACUUGGUGAAAGCGAAUGAGAUCAGCCUGGACCCGGUGAGCUUCAACUCUGUGCUGCAUGCUUGCGCACGGCUUAGCCAGGUAGCUGAAGCAGAGCGAACAAUGCGAAGCAUGGCCAAGAUGCGAGCAAUGCCCACCCAAGUGAGCUACAAUGCCGUGAUCAAUGCUCAUUGUCAGGCAGGCAAUGCUGUCGGUGCUACUUCUUGGCUUGAUCAAAUGGCACCUUGGCGUCACAUUUUUCCCACAAGCAUCUCCGAUGCUUGGGUUCUCGUUUAG